UUAAAAAAUAUAAAGUAAAAUUUUGCUUGUCUUGUUUGAUUGUGGUCUUCUUGCAUUUUGAUUAAAUAUUUUCGGCGUCGUCGUUGAUUUGUUAGAUCUCGCAUCGCAUUUUUGUUCUUCACAUAAAGCAUCAAUAGUUUUAAGAUAUAAUGGCGUCAUUGGACCUGUUGACUCCACAUUUAUCUAAAAUAAAAAUACCUGGGCCUCAGCAGCUGAUUUACAAAGACGAAUGUGUUUAUUCUUUCGACAAUCCGGAAUCCGAGACCGGUAUCUACGUGUCUCUCGUCUCGUUCCUCGGGUUUGGCCGCAACUAUGUCGAGCAGUACUUCCAGAAGACAGGGAAUGCGGUUUUCCUACACAUACAGAGGGAGAAAAAACCGGUGCCAGAACCAGAGCAGACCGGCGACGGGCCCGAGAAGAAAAUCACACGUCUGGCCAUCGGAGUGGAGGGCGGCUUCGACCCCGAGUGCGGGCGGCCUAAGUUCACAUACACCGACCACUAUGAGGUGGUAGUUCUGCCUGGAUUCCACACCUAUGCCUGGCCUAACCCAGAACUGCCUGAUGUGGUGAAAAAGUCAGUUCAGGCUGUGAUCGACGCGGAGUCUCCGUUCAAAAUCGCCGAGAUGAAUGCUCUACAGGGCACCUGGGACGGCGAGACUCGACAAGUGUCCGUCCACGCAGGGAACCUGAAGCAGCUAGACAACGGCGUGAAGGUGCCGCCGUCUGGCUGGAAGUGCUCCAAGUGCGAGCUCACCAACAACCUGUGGCUCAACCUCACGGACGGCGCCAUCCUGUGCGGCCGCCGCUACUUCGACGGCUCGGGCGGGAACGACCACGCGGUGGAACAUUACCGCGAGACCGGCUACCCAUUAGCAGUGAAAUUGGGCACCAUUACAACGGACGGCAAAGGAGACGUGUACUCGUACGCUGAAGACGACAUGGUAGAAGACCCUAACCUCGCCGAGCAUCUGAAGCACUUUGGGAUUAAUAUCCAACAGCUGCAGAAGACGGACAAAUCCAUGGUGGAGCUAGAAUUGGAGCUGAACCAGCGCACUGGUGAAUGGAACACGCUCCAAGAGUCGGGCAGCGAGCUGCGGCCCCUGCACGGGCCCGCGCUCACUGGGCUCAGCAACCUCGGCAACUCCUGCUACAUCAACAGCGUCGUGCAGGUCCUGUUCCGCAUGCCGGACUUCGUUCGGCGCUAUGUAGAAGGCGCGCCAGAACUAUUCGCCACGUUCCCGGAAGAUCCCGUGAAUGACUUCAACGUCCAGACCGCGAAACUAGGCGUAGGGCUCCUCUCCGGGCGCUAUUCGAUCCCCGAAGCAGAGGGCACGCAGGCCGGCGUGGCUCCGCAUAUGUUCCGACAGUUAGUGGGCAAGGCGCACGCCGAAUUCGCCACCAAACGGCAGCAGGACGCACACGAGUUCUAUCUGCAUCUGCUCACGCUUGUUGAGCGCCACAGCCGCCACAAGGCGAACCCGGCUGACUGCCUCAAGUUCGCGGUCGAAGAGCGCGUUCAGUGCACAGAGUCCGGCAACGUGCGCUACACCACGCGGCCCGAGCACCACUUGCCGGUGCCAGUGGCGCUGCACGCCGCGUCUAAUGCUGACGCUGUGAGAGAGUACGAGCGACGCCGCGCGCAGGCCGAAGCGAGCGGGCAGCGCCUCGACCCGUCGCUGGUGGUGCGGCCGCACAUCCCGUUCGCGGCGUGCCUGGACAGCUUCAUGAAGGAGGAGAGCGUGGAGCAGUUCUUCAGCAGCGCCGUCAACAAGAAGGUCACCGCCCACAAAAUCACACGGCUCGCCACAUUCCCGGACUACCUGCUGAUCCAGCUGAAGAAGUUCACCAUCAAGGAGGACUGGACGCCCGCAAAGCUUGAUGUGGCUGUCGAUAUGCCAUGGGAGGUGGAUCUCGGCUGUCUGCGCGGGCGCGGCUUGCAGCCCGGCGAAACUCCAUUGCCCGACGCGGCGCCCGACACACCUGCGCCUACCUACGACGAAUCGCUGCUGUCUGACCUCUUAGAGAUGGGCUUCCCGGUGGAGGCGUGCAAGAAGGCGCUGUACUACACCAACAACAGCGGCAUGGAGCCCGCCUCCAACUGGCUCAUGGAGCACAUGAACGACUGGGACUUCGCCAACGAGUUCCACCCGCCCGGCGCCGCUGCUGCCAGCGCUGGAGCAGUAGCGGACGAGGCGAGCGUAGAACAGAUCAUGAGCAUGGGCUUCACGCGAGCACAGGCGGCCAAGGCGCUGGCGUCCACAGACGGCGACGUGGGCCGCGCCGUGGACUGGAUCUUCAGCCACGCGCACGAGCUCGACGACGCCGCGCCGCCCGCGCCCGACCGCACGCUCGGGUGCCGCGAUGGACCAGAAAAAUACAAGCUGAUCGCCUUCAUCUCGCACAUGGGCACGUCGACGCAGGUAGGCCACUACGUGUGCCACGUGCUGCACGAGGGCCGCUGGGUCAUAUUCAACGACAACAAGGUUGCUCUCUCAGAAAAUCCUCCCAAAGAUCUUGGAUAUUUAUAUCUCUAUGAAAGGCUGUGAUGUUAACAGAAUGUGAAAUAAUUGUACCAAAAAUCGCUGGCAUGAUUUUAUGGAGUAAGAAUUUAAUGUCUUAGACUGCAUAUUAUAUGUGUAAAAAAUGUUUUAAGAGAUUUUAAAAUGACUACUUUUUAGGCGAUAUUUAUUUUAUAGAAACAAAUUUUUAGACAUUUCAAUUAGGUUAACAAAUUUUUUAUCUUGUCUAAUCAAAAGUGGUUGUUUUUGCAUCUAAAUGCAUUUUUGUUUGCAGUUAUUUUUUGUAUAUUUUUAACAGGAGAUGUGCAAUGUUUAAUUGUUUGUCACACCAUAU